ACAAGUUUGUUACUUUGACUUGCAAACGCUUACGAAAAAUGAAUUUGCAGGAAAUUAGUAAAAGUUUCAUAAAAUGAAGAAUAGUGUUUCUUUCAUCUGUUUAUGUUUGUACUGCAUUCUGCUUAUGCCAAGUUGUCUAGUUUUACUUGUGGAAAAUCCUGAAAAAACUGCUCCAAAGCCACAUAGAGUGAUAGGAAAAACAGAACAUAGUAAUGGCCAACAGUUUAACCACAAUGAGAUUGAAAAAGAAGUUCCUCUUAGAGAACAAAACUCAGAUUUUCAGGAUACCAGAGAUUUGCCUGGAAUUGGUCUUGAGAAGGUGAUGCUGAAAAGAAAUGAAAAGAAAGAGGAGAUUACUACUGCAGAAAUACACUCCAGCUUUGAAGAAGCAGUUCCUAGUCAAGCACAAGAUGUCCACUUGCCCACUCAGAUUAAACAAGAAGAUGAUGUUAAAAUUGGAGAUGUAGCCAAAGAAUUGUCGGAGACUAGUCAAGCUGUAGUGUUUACGCUCGUCGACUCGGCGGCAGCUGAGCUCCAGCAGCGGGCGGGCUCUGUGGAUGCACCUGAUGAGCCAUCUCGUACUGACAACCUCACCGUCAGCAAGUCUGCAGCUGAGAGCCCUGCUGCCUCUGAGGUGACAACACCCACUCUGUCGGCAGAUGUCACCAAUCUUACAGAAACUGAGGAAGAUAAACAGCACCAGAAGUAUGUAGUGCGGGCAGAACCGAAAGUGGUGGAGCAGAGGCCGCAGGGGCAAGCUUCUCAGCCACUGCAACAGGCUGCUGCAAAAGAAGACUCUGGACCUUUUCUCAAUGACAGUCUUGAAGAAGUGCAAGCAUCCAGGACUACAGAGGAUCAAGGUCCACCUGACCCUAGCAAGGCAGAGACUGAACACUCACUACCAGAGGACAUACCAUCCUUUAGUGAGUGGAGGCUAAAACAUCUUGCAGAAGAUGAGCAGAAAAAGAGAGAUCAGAAUAAUGCAACAUCUCCUCCUGUCACCCAGAGUCGGCCAGCUGGAAGUUCUAAACUGCAUUCAAAAAAUUACGCAUCUCCAGACUGUGGUGCAAAAAUAGUUGCAGCUAAUCCUGAAGCUACAAGUGCCAGUUCAGUAUUAUCUCCAUCUCGAGAUGAGUACCUUCUGAACACUUGCACCAGUCGAAUUUGGUUUGUGGUUGAAUUGUGUGAAGCUAUACAGGCAAAAAAGAUUGAGAUUGCCAACUUCGAAUUAUUUUCAUCACCACCACGAGAGUUCUCUGUGUAUGUUAGUGACAGGUUUCCAACUAGAGACUGGCAAAAUGUAGGCAAUUUUGUUGCAGAAGAUGAAAGAACAAUCCAGAGCUUUAACUUACAUCCCCACUUGUUUGGAAAAUUUAUAAAAGUAGAAUUUCACUCCCAUUAUGGCUCAGAACAUUUCUGCCCAGUGUCACUGUUUCGUGCAUACGGAACUAGCGAGUUUGAAGUUUUGAAAACAGUGGAUCAAGUUUUAGAGCCAGAUGAAAAUAUAGACGAUGAUGAUGUUGAAGAUGAUGAUGAACCACUUGAUAUUGGUAAAGGAGAACCAUCAACCAUAUUUGAUAAUGCUCGUUAUGCAAUAUUAAGUAUUGUCACAAAAGCAGCAGAAGCUCUAGGGAAAAGUGGAGACUCUCGAAAUAAUACAGACAUGCAGAACAACACAACAGAAAGUUUUCAUUCACAAGUCCCCAGUGCAGAACCUUGUAGGAGUCCUAGGCAUAUUGUUGUGUGUGACAACUGUAGUGAUUCACUGUAUGGUGAUGUAUUUAAGUUACUUAGUUGUGAAGAAGAGAAUCUGCAUGCACUAAUAGAAUCGCCUUUCGUUUCGGACACCAUCAGGGACUCAAAGUUGUGUGCUCCAUAUGGAUUAGAUUUCCCAAGUCGCAAGUUGGGGGCUCCAUUCCCUCUUAAACCUGGAAAAAUGUUUGGCAUUAGGCAAGUGGAUCCAGGAGGCUACAUUAUGGCACUGUUCCCCCCAAAAUAUAUAGCAGCCCUGUGUAAUAUGUUAGCAGUAUUUGAAAAGCGAGUGGCCUUAAAUGUUAGUGAAGAACUGAAUGCUAGUCCUGUUUUGGAAAGUACAGAAAAAGAAGACACAGAAUCUCACAUCGUGGAAGAUAAUUUGGAAAACGUCCUGAAACCUGUUCCAACAUGUACAAUGACUACUAGUUUAAGUACCGAACCCUGUAAUAUUAGUAGCACUGCAGAGAACAUAGACUCUCAUGUUGUGCCUGUAACAGUAUCUCAUAUUGACUCAUCAGUUGCUGCACAAAUUAAGCCAACUAAAACACUGGAGAGGGUUGAUGAUGAAGAUGUAGCACCUUCUCUUCUCACAGCUAGUAAAGUACUACCCAGUUCAGAAACUGUAGUUACAGAGCUGCCACCUGCACCAGAUACAGUGUUAAAAGCAUCUUCAGUGAUACAAGCAAUAGACAGUGCAAAUGGAAGUGCUCAGACAAAGGCUGUUGAAACUAAGGAACAGUUAGUAGACUCGAGUACAUCACAAGUAGAAGAUUUUGGCCUGGUGUUGGAAGAGAGUGUCACCAUGCCAGUUACAGCAGAGGAACCAGCGCAAGAUAAUCUUUCACUGGACAGCUUGCUUAAUGAACUGAAGGACCUGGAGCGAGUUGUUGACACCAGCACUGCUCCAGCUGUAGCUACAACUAUGGCACCACCAAGUUUACCGACACAGCAAGUCCAGAAAGAAUCAGUUUUUGUCAGGCUUGCAAACAAGAUCAAGGCUCUGGAGCGCAAUAUGUCCCUGAGUGGCCAGUACCUCGAAGAACUUAGUAAGAGGUACAAGAAACAAGUGGAGGAUAUGCAAAAGUCUUUCAAUCGUACAUUGUCAGUCGUUCUGGAUCAAAAUCGUAAAGCAGAAGAACGAGAGAAAAGAAGACUAGAAGAGAUUGUUGAGCUAAAACAACAACUUGCGAUCCUUUCAGCAACAGUUGAAACUAUAGUUAAUGAAAGAACUAGUUGGGCUGCCACAGGUUAUGCCCUGAUGCAGCCUCUUUUCUUCAUAGUGGUGUUUGCAGUAAUGCUUCAGUACUUGAAGCAUCAUGCAAAUCACACAAAUUUACAGCUGAAUGAAGAUAAUCAACGAAGAUUUAGCAUUGGAUAUAGAAGCAGAAAGUUAAAUAGAUUUGAAAAGAGGAGGAGAUCUGUUGAAGGAGUUACUGGGCAUGAAAUACAUAGAUUAAAGAAGCGGCGUCCAAGUGAAGAUACUUUAGUUUCAGGUAGCUAUUAUGAGUUACUCAUCCCAGAUAAUCAGGCAUCAGAAGUUGAUGGAGGUGUCCGCAGUGUAUUGAGGUUGGAGAAUAAACGAAGAAGACGGAAGAAAAAAGAUUCAUUGCCAAGAUCAGACUACAACACUGAACUACAGAAGCCAACAGAUACACAGAGUGAUCCUCUGUUUCAGGAGAAAUCUCCUGAAGCUAAUAAUCCAUCAAUUAUAAAUGGUUUUCAUUCAUCAGACCAUCAAGAACUUAAAUCUGAAGCAGAGCAGUUAUCAAAUGUGGUUCAGUGCACAUCAUCAGACAAUAUACAGUACUCAAGUGCAGAAUCACUAUUGAAAACUACAGGUUCUGCAGUGCAAUACUCUGACUCCUCAGAUUCAUCUUUACACAAUAGGGGGCGAGGGUUAUUACAGCUCGAAGUUCUGUAUUCCAACAAACAAGUGAAUGAUAAGGUUAACCUAAGUGAGUCUGUACCAGUAUUAGGACCCAAUAAUGGUUCAGUGAAACAUCAGGGUCUGAGUCCAAAGAUUCGCAAUCUGUCAGCUCCUUUGUUUAUGAAGACUGCAAUGGCUGCAAGAAGUGGUCGUCGUAGCUCAGAGCAGAGUCCGACAUUGCAGGCUAAAUUGAAGUCUGACAACUGGGAGUGGUACAGUAGUAGAAAGGGCAAUGGUUCUAGUCAUACAGUGACAUCAACACAAACAGUGCAGAAUGGUGAUGGCAGUAGUCAUGCAACUCCAGAUUCAUUAGAAAGGACAAGUAAUUUGAGCAGCACAGUAGAUCCAAUACGUAAAGAAGGUAGCAAGAAGCAAACCGGUGGCUUAAAGAAAAUAGGAAGCUGGAGAAUACAGUCACUGUUCAAAAACUGAAUUACUUAAAUUAUGUAAAUAAAUUGAGAUUAAAGUCUGAACAAAUGCAAUUUCAUUCCAGAAACUUUUGUUGUAAUUUUUAUUGUAUUUAAAACAUCUAAUUGCAAUAUAUUUUUCUUUUAUAUCCUUUUAUUUAUUUUUUGUACUGUUUUAGACAUUGUCUUAUCUGGUGUAUUAUUUAUGUCUGUAAUGUAUGUAUUUAUGUAAAAUCAGAAAACACAAGUCAUCACACACUGUUUAUAGACUGACAUUCCUGACCACAGGAACACCAAUAGUAUUGAAUAAAUUGUAUGCCUUUCAAAAGCAACAUGAAUAGAAUUCAUCCUCUUUCAAAACAACCAUGUACACCGAAGGGUGCUGCAGUAUACUGGUGUGGAUAUAACUCAUGAUCUGUUAUGUCUUUAUUCUGGAAAGAGAAACUAAUAGCAUACAGAUCAAUAUCACUGAGAUUAAUCAAACUAAAUUUUUAAAACAACGUUUGAGCUUGCAGGGAGAAUCUGUAAAUUUUACAUUUGAUAGAGUGUAAGUCCAGUAAAUUCAUGUACUUGAAGAU